CAAAAUGGGUCACUCACUGGAGUCUUCUCGCCCCAUCAUGGCCCCCAGCGUAAGCUCUCCCUUUCCUCCCUUCCUCUCUUUCCAUUCCUCUCAAUCAUCUCAUCGCAACAUUGCAACAAUCUAACAAUGUCUGCCACCGCCCAGAUUGCCAGCAAACGCACCUCAAACCGCUACAGCACCCUCAGCACCGCGCCCUCGGUGGCGACCGUCCACACUACUCUCUCAUCGGCGUCGGCACAGCAGGAGAUCAAGGACAUCGAGGAUGGGCUAGAUAAGUUGGAGAACAAGAAGCUGGGCGCGCAGCGCUUCGUGCCUAGUGUCGAGAAGACCGAGCAUUUGAGCAAGCUGGCGCUGGGGGCGAAGUUGGAGCGGGCGCUGAACAGGAGGAUGGGAGGCCAGGAUGCGGUGAUGAGGGAGAGGAAGCCGAAGUUGUCGGAGAAGAGGGACGAGGAGAAGGUUGCUGUCGUUGCUUGA